GUGGAAAUCAUUGAGGGUACGUAUCUUGCAGACCACGGGGAAGCCCCGGCUAAGAGGUAGGUAGGGAGCAGUGCAGUGUGCAGCGGGUGCGCUUGCGCCUGUGAUGCCUGCGCCUGAGCAGGUACCUACGCAGUAUGACUAGGUAGGCGGGGUGCGCCUGUGCUGGGCUAGCAGCUCCCCUAACGGCAAAGUAAAAUCCACCUACCUGGCCUAGUGGCCGAGCUCACUUGCACUUGUAGCGUUGUACUCCAUCAGGUACCGCGGGUACCCACGCUGCACCGCACAUCCAUCCGCAGGUGGUCAAUGUCCCCCCUCCCCCAUUGUUGUUAUUGUUGUUAUUAUUAUCGCCCGAAUGCCCUCCCAUUUCCUGCUUUUCGCGGGUGAUGCCUCGUUUUAUUUCUCUUCUCUUCCCCAUCUGCCAUUCUGACCCCCUUUGGUGCAGCUGGCCCGGUUAGGCAGGCCCUCUCUCAGUCCAACAACUUCGUACCCACCACCAGCUUCCAUCUCAACCAACCACCAACAACACAGUUCUGUGAAUUGCUUCUUUCUAUCGACACCAAAGAAUACAAGCCAGCCUCCAGCUUUCAGCCUCCCGCCGCGCCGCGUCUACUCGCAAUAGUACCGUCUUACACGCUCAUAUCGGACACGCCGCCUCGCAAGAAAACGAGAUAUCACACACUCAUCUCUCGCUCGCCUCUUUGGGUCUCCCCUCACAACAUCCUUCUCAUCAGACCUUCAUCGUUUCCAAACCCACCCCCGACGGACUGUUGCCGGGGUUCAAAAGGUUCCACUUCAAAACCCUGCCAACAAUUCAAUUGUUUCUUAUGCCUACCGAGCUCUACCACUCACACUGCCAAAUCCACCCAUCGUCUUCUGUUAUGCCCAUGCGCAUUCUCGCCUUUCACUCCAGCUGUCUUAUACUCACGUCACCGUCCGCGCUCUCACCACGGGACACUUCUCUCUCGACAACGUCUGGCUAGGUAAAACACAAAAACCCCGCCAUGGCCGAUGUUGAGCCAAGCAGCCCUAGUGCUGCCAACUUUGCGGAAACUCUGCAGUACCGCGCAACACAGUCCCGCAGAGCACGACCGCCCGCCGUUGAACCCGCCACCGCAGACUCGUCGAACCGCGUUCCUUUGCGCUCCGAAAACAGGCUUAGCAGGCGCGAUUCGAGACUGGGACUGAGGAGCAUCUUUGGCAGGGCAAAGGCGUCCCGCGAAAUCGACCCCUCGGCCUCGUACUUUGACACGGGUCGCCCCAACAGCAUCCGCGCCUCGCUGGCGGAAAUCAGCAAUUGGCCGUAUAUGCGAUCCGAAGUCGCCAUAUCCGGCACAAACUCAUCACGACCGACGUCCGUCGCCACCAAUAAUGUGCCGUUCAACGACGCUUCCCUCCAGAGACGGCCCACCACUACCGAAAGGACCAAGCCACAAAACGCCCCCGCGAGGUCAUCUCGCGGCAACCUUGCGACCUGGGACCCCCCACCACUGUUCCAGGCAUACCCCCAAGCCAUUAAACACGCUCAGCUUCCCACGGCUACGACGUCCGCCGAUGUGAUCCUCCGUCUCACUGACCGCAAAGGCAGCGUCAGCAUCCGCGAGGACCUGGCCCACCUCGCCCUCACCCCGGAGCUUGCUGAGGAGCAGCUCGCCGACAGAGCCGUCGAGAAGGCGCGGAGGAAGCACCUGCGAACGCUGUCCACCGUCAGGCUCGAGUGGACGUCCAAGGUCUAUGUGCUCUGCACGUCCGGAUACCUGCUGCAGUACAACGGCGAAGGCAACUUUGAUCGCCUCCCGGAAAAGGUGCUGCACCUCAGCAAGGACUCGGCCGCGUUCGUCAGUGACGCGAUUCCCGGCAAGCACUGGGUUCUUCAGGUUUCCUCGGCCAUGGAGUCGAACGGUGUCUCUUCGGCGGACUCGCGCGGGCUGCUGUCCCGCCUGCCUUUCCGCGCCGCCGAUAAGCGACACGCUGCCAACUUCCUCAUGGUAUUCGAGAGCGCCGAAGAGAUGGAGUCCUGGAUCGCUAUCCUGCGCCGGGAGAUUGAGUCGCUCGGCGGGAAGAAGACCCUCUCAGAGACGGGCCGGCCCAAGGCGGAUCCCAAGAUUGUACAGCUUCGCGGGCAGCCGAGUCAAAGGACCCUGGUUGUACGGGACCCCGAUAGGUUCUCGCGAGUGCUGCCGCCAGACUUUUCUCUGCAGUUGGAGCAGGCCAGACUCCACGAGGACGACCGCCGCCAGUCCAUUAUUGACGCUGAGAUGACGCGCGACCCCUCCAUUGACGACAUCUCCACCACCAACAGUAUCAUCUCUCACGAUGGCCGGCAGCUCGAGAGCCUGCGAGACAGCACCAACCGGCUUUCGUACAUCUCGUCUGGCCAGCGCACCUUUCUCACCUCGGCCGGCUCGUCGCCCGCGUGCUCCCCCGUGCGCGACAGCUUCGCCAGCAGCCACCUAGACGACCUCCCUCCUGCGGAGCAUGAUUUGCCCGCUGCGAGACCCAGACCCAACGCCGCGGCCAUCCUCGACCGCAGACAGUCUCUGCAGACUUCAGGCUAUCUGGAGCUGCGUGGCUCUCCCAUGUCGCGACCCCAGUCCACGUACACCGAGGCCGACUUCGCGCAUGUGGCCGCCAAUUUUAGCGUUCCCAUGAGCAGGCGCUACAGCGCCGUCAAGAGCCCCUCGUCGAGCCCCGAGCAGACGAGGAGCAACCGCGACUCCAUCUCCAGGAUCGCCCGUAAACCCCCGCCAACGGCACUUGCCAUGGCCCGCCCGUUGUCGAUCGUGGCGGAUCAGCCAUCACCGGCGUCUCCGGCGCAGGCCCCCGAGCUCUCGCAAGUGUGCGAGGAGGAACGGGAGCGCCCGAACCUGAGCCGCGAUAGCAUGGCGGAGUUCCCUCCCCGGCAAACAAGCCUUUGCCCCAAGGAGCAGGCUGUCACGGUCACCAUCCGUACCAGUCCGCGAAAGUACGCCAGCUCGCCGUCUCUAAACCAGCUGGAGGGGUCGCCUCUGUCGCCUGGACUCCGGACAUUCAUCCUCCCUUCAAAGACGCCAUCUCCGGCCUCGUCGAGCGGAGCAUCCCACACGUCUCCCCGCCCGCAGUCGUCGUUUGUGUUCCAGUCUCCGGCUCAGAGGGCCACCCAGAGACUCAGCGCACACUCUGUCAUGAGCUACUCGCCACGGAGCGAGGAUGUAGCCACUGGGCUCCCGAUGCUCCCCGAGUCAGACUCUGUGUCGCCUCGAUCCAUGCCGCGGGCCCCGAUAACACCUCCUACUCCGUCGAGCAAGCAGCUCCGAGUUGACCACUCCAAGGUCGUCUUGGGAAGACGCAGCAUGCCUCAGCUGGUCGAAGGACCUCCGCCGGCACCGCCGCCAAGCUGCGCGCUGCCGCCCAUCCCUCAAAAGGCACGCUCUCAUUCCAAAGCGUGACCUACCUGUCAUUCACCUUGAUUCGAUUCAUGUGACCACAUCUUUUUUUCUUAUCUUUCAGGCUAUGGCCUAUGAAAACCGCCCAUGGCGGCGCGGGUGUUGAAUCUCCUAUGUCUCUUAUUUUGUUGUUGUUUGCGUCAUACCCCUUUGCUGCGCAAAUCGGCGUUUUAUGGAUAAAAAGGCGCCCUCUCCAUGAUGUGCCAUCUGGACGGCAUUCGGAGUGUUUUUUCAAUGGUGAACGUGCAUCUCACGGCUGGUUUUGGAUGACAAGGGAGAAGGCGAUAGAUUUCCCUGCGAGGGGCCCGAUGACGCAGUGUAUGACUUGUAGCAGUAGACUAUGCCCUGAGGCAGUACAAUAUGAAGAACAUUUGAUACAUCAAGGGAAGAGUGAAAUGAGUGUGAGAUG